GAUUUCUGAUCAUCUUUAGCUUUUAAAGUUGGUGGAUUUUGAUUUGCACUAGUUUAUCUUUCAUUUAUUUCAUCCUCUCCGUUUUAUACUUGUUCUUUAAUCAAUCUGUUUCUUUGUUUGCUUGUUCUUCAAUAUUUUACUUUCUCACCAUUGUUUGAAUCCUUUUGUUUACUUGACCUUUUGUGCUUGUUCCAAUUUUCGUUGCCAAGGGUCGAAAUAAAUUCGCAUCCAUGUUUGCUUUCCUAUUUUCAGGUUCAUUUUGACAACCAUUCGGUUUAAUUUCCUAAGAAUUAGUGUUUUUCAAGGAUUUGUAGACGAUGGAUUGUUUGUAAUUCUUGCUUUGGGAUCUAGAAUCUUGCAGCUGCUUGUUCUUGUUAUGUAUUUAUCAUUUAGUUUAUUUUAUAUUAUCCAACGCGAAGAUUGUACUAUUUCUGACUUGGAGGACGUAGAAUAAUGUUGUUAGUGUAUUGGAAGGCUGAAGCUACACAUAUGAUUGGUUUAAGCAUAUUCUCGUUUCUGAGUGUGAUGAACAUAAGCUUUCUCUUGCCUGAACUUAUAGUCUAUAUUCUUUGAUAUUUCUGUUUGAAUAAUUCAUGGUACUCGUUGAUAAAAAAGUGAGCUCUCUUAUUCGAGCUUAUAGUUUAUACCCUUUGUUUGAACUCUGCACGUGUAAGACCCACUUUCAGCCUCCUAGCAUUUGAGAAUAAUAGGUAUAUUGGUGUUUAGAUUUUGAAAAUUUUUGGUGGAAGAAAAAGCUCAAAAUAAGUGAAACUAAAGGAAAUUGAAAAUUCAGAUCGGUGAAGCACCUUUUUGAACAAAACAAAAAGACAUAUAUAUGUGGUUUCCUCACACAUGGUUGAAGCCACACACAUAUCCACUCUGUUUCAAGUCAAAUCUGUACACUAGUAACUCCAAAUCAUAUUAUCCAUAGCUGGUAGAGGUCAGAACUGUAGAUUCAUACUUGUUUGAACACAAAUUAACAAAGAUCCAAGCCUUUUGGUAAGUUUUAUGAGGCAAUGGAUCACUAACUUCUUUUGAAUUGGAUUGAAGUGUUCUAGUUUAGCUUUAGCCCUAAAACCCCUAUGAGUAUGGUUUUGGAUAAGAUCGAACACAUCUUAAAAACACAUUUUGAAAAACAUGUUGGGCAUUGGAAAAGUUCUAGAUAAUGCCAGAAGUAGUUCAAUUAAACUUUUACACAAGGAUUCAACUCGGUAAAGCUAUCUUGUGAGGAAAAGUUUGGAAGAAUGGAAUUUAGAUGAUUGUCACAUGAGUUUUCCUACUUUUGUUAAAUGUUGUUUAUGAAUGCCUUGAUGGAGCUCAAGAAAAUGUAUGGGUCUCUGUAUGUUUUAAUUUUGGAGUUAGCUCAAGUAAAAAAACGAAAGAAAAUAGAGAAUUUUCAAAUUGUUAGCAUCAAAUGAGCAAAGAAGGAAGUUUGGAGUAAAAGCAAUUGUUUUUGGAGAAGAAGGGAAAAAAGAGUUGAAAACUUUUCUUAGAAACAAGGACCUUGUUAAUUAGCAAGGGGCAUAAGGGUGUUUGGAUAAGGAGUUGGUUAGGAUAUUUGGUUAUAAGUAGGAGUAGUAGGUGUGGAGGAAGGAAGGCGAUUAUUGAGUCAAUUGAAGCUUGGGACAGAUUUCAAGAGGUAGGGUGCAAGUACCUCGAAUUACUUGUUUAUAUUGUAAUUUCUCUAGACAUUGCAAUAUAAUUAUCUUUAAUGUUUUCAUAUAUUUUCUUGUUAUGGGGUAUCCUAACAUAUUUAUGUUGCAUCAAUGAGUUGAAAUUUUUAUUUUUUAUGAAUAUUUUUUAAAGUUAUUUCUUAUUAAUUCUCCACUCACGGGUCUUUUUAGCUCAUUCGUUUCCAAAAAUUUUCAUCAUGUAGCAUUAGAGUUUCCAAAGAGCCUACUGGAGUCAAUUUCUGCCACCAAUUUUCAUAGAAUUCAUACCAUUUUAUAUUCAUGUUAAUGUAGAUGCAUCUUUCAUAUGUUUUGUAACUAAAGUGGCUAGCAUCUUUUGACAACACGAUAUAAUUUAAAAUUUGAUGACGAAUGAAAAUUGAAACAUAUAUGCUUUUUCAUUAGUAGAUUUUACUAUGCAAGUGAUUUUUGAAUUUCUUUAAGUGAUUACUGAUUAGUGUGUCACGAGACAGACUUGGUGGUACAGUUGAAGUUUGAACUUAUUAUUUGGGAGUGAAUAUCUUCUUUUCAGGUAGUCGAGCUCAGGAUUCUGGAAUUAGGUUGAAUAACAAAUAAAAUUUGUAGAUCUUAUUCUAAGUGAAUAAAGGAGCGUUUUUUCGUUAUAUGGUGACUGCUUGCAGCUGGAUUGGUCUCUAAUGUGGCCAUUCUAUCUUCUCUUCAACAAGAUUCUCAAGCUUGAGGAACCCAGAGAAUUGGGUGGAAAUGACUUGAGUUUAGUAGAAGUGUACCCAUCUGAGAGGUUUCUAAGUAAAAUAAAAUGUGAUGCUCCAAUUCUGCCCCGCUCCCAGUUGAUUGAAGUACCACACAUAAACCAGCUACAACAAUGGGAUUGUGGCCUUGCUUGUGUUUUGAUGGUUCUGAACACUCUUGGGAUCAAUGAUUGCCAUAUUCAAUCACUGGCAGAUCUAUGCGGCACAAGAAGCAUAUGGACUGUCGAUCUGGCAUAUUUGUUGCAGAGAUUUUCAGUCAGUUUCUCCUACUUCACAGUGACCUUUGGUGCGGACCCUAAUUAUUCUGUUGAAUCAUUUUACAAGGAGGAACUAGCGAAUGAUCUUGUACGAGUUGAUAGGCUAUUUCAAAAGGCACUGGAAGCCGGAAUCAAAAUUGAGUGCAGAUCUAUCAGCAAAGAAGAUAUUUCUCUCUUAAUGUUAUCUGGGAUAUAUGUUGCUAUUGUGUUAGUUGAUCAGCAUAGAUUGAGUGGGUCUUGGCUGGAGGACGUACUCGUGUCAGGCAUCUGUGACGGCAACUCUAGCUAUACUGGUCACUAUAUUGUAGUAUGUGGCUAUGAUGCUGAUGCGGAUGAAUUUGAAAUCAGAGAUCCUGCAAGCACUAGAAAGCAUGUGAGGAUCUCUUCAAACUGUCUAGAUGAUGCACGCAAAUGCUUCGGUACUGAUGAAGAUAUCUUAUUGGUAUCUUUGGAGAAGAGUAGGAAGCAAAGGACCGAAUCACCUCAUCAUUCUCCAAAUGUCAACAUCAACUGCUGAAUAUAUAUCUCUGUUUGAUUGAAAUGUUAUUAAUACUUAGGAGAGUAUUAAAACUCCAUAUUAUGUUCUUCACUGUAUAGUUCAUUGAUAUCUUUUCUUCCAUUUUAUGUAUAGUGAUUACGUAUCCAUAUUUGUAUCAACAUCAACUGCUGGGUAUGGUGAUUGUAAAAAAUGGGAUCCUGUUUUUUAAUCAUACUAUAAUUCUCUUCA